UACUGUACGCUGAAUCUUCCGUAUCAUUCUAUUCUGAUAACAUUAAUAGUAACGUUCGAUAUUGCAUCUUGGCUAAAUGUGCCUUUGCUUGAACGGAUAAAAUAUUAUUCCCGAAAGAUACGAUGAAUAUUCUUAGGAACAAAAUGAUUAAUUUUGCAACGCAAUCAAAUGAUAGAGAACUAUUUAAGAAAGAUACAAUUAAUGGUCUUCAGAAUUAAUUGAGUAUUUUAGCAACACGCACACACUUCUUCGCUGUCACAUCAACACGCGUUGUCAAACUGUGUAAAAAAAAGUUUCUCCCGGAUCAGGUCGGGCAAAUUUUAUUAUGACUCGUCCAGUUACGAAACUGGAACCGGAAGACGAAGGCUUCGAAGAAGGAUAUAUGAGGGCACAAGCUGGAGGAAAAAUCCGAAGAAACUUUUUCUUCCGGAGGCAGAACCAAUGCAAGGAAAAGCAUCACUACCCGCCGACCGGUUUGGCAGUGAUGCAGCAGCAGGCUGCAGUUCGUAAGUGCUGCAGCGAUGGAACAUCCGGAAGCUGUUCCUGCAAACAUCCGCGGAAGGAGGAAGAUAAUGGAAAUCGUUAUUGUAUAAUACUGUUCUAUGCGGGCACAACUACUGGGGUUUGUGUCAUCGUCAUCGUCUCCGCCGCAAAAAUUCCGGUUCAGCCUAGAACUUAUUGUCCAGAUAAUCUGGUUUUAUCCGGGGAAAACGAGAUAAAAUCUUCCGGGAAAAUGGCGCGCAUCGAAUGA